GCUCCCGGGAGCGCCGGGCCCACCUGCUUCGUGGCCUCCAGCCUUGACCCGGGGCGGACAAGGCGCUGGCCCGUCCGCAGCUCGGAGAUAGGUUGGGGGCGGGGCUUGUGCCCGGUUCACCUAUCGGCGCCGGGAGGAGGAGAAGGGGCGGGCACCGCGGACCCAGGGACCGGGAUCCGAGCGACGGCCUGAGCUGCGCGGCGCUGCGACGAUGGCGACCGCGAUGGCUGCCACCGCGGCGGAGCGGGCCGUGCUGGAGGAGGAGUUCCGCUGGCUGCUGCACGCCGAGGUGCACGCUGUGCUGCGACAGCUGCAAGACAUCCUCAAGGAGGCCUCUCUCCGCUUCACUCUGCCGGGCUCGGGCACAGAAGGGCCUGCCAAGCAGGAGAACUUUAUCCUGGGCAGCUGUGGCACAGACCAGGUGAAGGGAGUGCUAACUCUGCAAGGGGAUGCCCUAAGCCAGGCGGACGUGAACCUGAAGAUGCCACGGAACAGUCAGCUGUUGCACUUCGCCUUCCGGGAGGACAAGCAAUGGAAACUACAGCAGAUCCAAGAUGCCAGGAACCACGUGAGCCAAGCCAUCUACCUCCUCUCCAACCGAGAUGAGAGCUACCAAUUCAAGACUGGCGCUGAAGUCCUGAAGCUCAUGGAUGCCGUGAUGCUGCAGCUGACCAGAGCCCGUAACCGCCUCACCACCCCAGCCACCCUCACCCUGCCUGAGAUUGCAGCCAGCGGCCUCACGAGGAUGUUUGCGCCCACCCUGCCCUCUGACCUGCUGGUCAACGUCUACAUCAACCUCAACAAGCUCUGCCUCACCGUGUACCAGCUGCACGUCCUGCAGCCCACCUCCACCAAGAACUUCCGCCCAUCCGGAGGUGCUGUGCUGCACAGCCCCGGGGCCAUGUUCGAGUGGGGCUCACAGCGCCUGGAGGUGAGCCACGUGCACAAGGUGGAGUGCGUCAUCCCCUGGCUCAACGAUGCGCUGGUGUACUUCACCGUCUCCCUGCAGCUCUGCCAACAGCUCAAGGAUAAGAUCUCUGUGUUUUCCAGCUACUGGAGCUACAGGCCCUUCUAAGAAGGACACCCCCACCCCACAGCCCCGCCGUGCCGUGCGGUCCCUCUCCCCCGUGUGCACUCCUUGUAGUGUCGGCCACAGCUGGGCACCGUGGAAUACCUGUCUCUUCUCUCCCCACCCUGCAACAUCUGCACUAUCAGGAACAAACACUGGAGGUGCCCAAAGAAAGGGGCACGCCGCUUUGGUGUCUGUACGGGACGGCUGGGAAGGCAGCCUGACAGGUGGCCACACUCCCAGCCCUGCUCUCCUGGGCAUCGGGGAAACCCUUGGACUCAGGGUGGGGCCAGGCCCAAGGCUCUCCUUCCUCCCCAGCAGUCACCCACUCAGCUCCCACUGGUGGGUAAAAGAUGAUGGGUAACACUGAGCUAUGAGUUGGGGCUGGGGGGGGGUGUGGAGAACCAAGCAGAGGAAGCUGCCACGUGAAUAAGCUACAUAGUCCCAGUAUUGUUGGUCCUGCAACCCCAAUGGGACCCCUAAGAAAUAAAGAUAAUCAGAUUUUUGUCUGGAA